UGAGAACACUGUCAAUUGUUGUUCCAAGGUCGCUACACAGAAUCAGAGAGAGGUUUCAAACAAGAUUUCUUUGAUAAAACGAACAGCUACACUUUCAUAACCAUUGCCAAUAUGUCCAAAUUACAGUUGUUGAAUGUAUUCGUCACCGAGCGUUUAUCGGCGGCUGCUGUGGAGAUAUUCGGGGUCGUGGAGAAGACUAUAGCAGAGUAUCAGGAAGAAAUCUGCCGUUCAGCAGAGGAGAACGAGCGUCUACGGAGGCUGUUGGACAUGGCUACCAAACCAGAGAUAUCGUUACACAGAGCAGACUUCCAGCUACUCACUCCCACUGUUCCCCCUGAGCAGCAGGAGUGGAGCCCCAGUCUGGGGCAGGAGGACCCAGAACCCACACAGAUUAAAGAGGAACAACAGGAGCUCAGACUCAGCCAGGAGGACCCACCUCAGCCCUCACAUCUUUACCAAAUCCAAACUGUGGAUGACGGAGAGAGGGGUAUUCUACCUAUCAUCAUAACUGAAGAGAUCAAAACAGAACCUGAUGGAGAGGGCUACAAAGUACCAGAACCAACUAGUGAUCAGCCCCUCUCAGUUCAUCCAGACUUCUCUGCUGCAGUGGAGAAACCAUAUCAGUGUAAACAAUGUGGCAACAGCUUCACACGUAAGGGACACUUGACCAUCCAUUCAAGGACACACACAGGAGAGAAUCCCUAUCAGUGCAAACAAUGUGGCAAAAGGUUUAACCAGAAGAGCAACUUGACCAUCCAUACAAGGGUACACACAGGAGAGAGUCCCUAUCAGUGCAAACAAUGUGGCAAAAUGUUUAACCAGAAGGGACACUUGACCGUCCAUUCAAGGAUACACACAGGGGAGAGACCAUAUGAGUGCAAAGACUGUGACAAAGCCUUCAACCAGAAGAUAGAAUUGACAUUGCAUAUGAGAGCUCAUACAGGGGAGAGACCAUAUAUCUGUCCUGUAUGCAAGAAAGGUUAUAUCGCAUUAAGCUAUUUAAGACUUCAUCAGCGUGUUCACAAAGGGGAGAAACCUUACCAGUGCAAAUAAUUUGGCAAAUGCUUUGGUUAUAAAGGAAGCUUGAAGUCUCAUAUGAGCACUCACACAAAAGCUUCAGCCUGAAGUGAGAACAACA